AUGGGCGACCCAGUCGUCGUCUUGCCGGAGGGCGCCACUGCCUUUGAAGCGCAUGUGCUCUCCCUAUUGUCCUCGUUCGAACGUCAGCCAUCCCUCGCCUACGCCGCCCCGUCCACGACUCUGCCCAAGACCGAGGCUCAAGAAGCCAUCGAGUCUGCCCUUUUCGCUCUUGCCCGCCGCGCUCUCCCCGGUCAACAUGCCCAGAUUCAGCCGAACGCUCGUGUCGCCGAUGGCUCGUCUCUGAACAAUAGCUACAAGACCCCGCCUCCUAUCGACACCACACAGUGCAGCGUCACCUGCCCGUCAUGUGGUACUUCGGUUCAGUCCCCUGUCGUUUCUGUUGCCACGCCCUCGACUUCGUUUGCCUCGCUCGAUAUCUCGUCUUCGCCUCGCCCCGUUCCUAAUGUCGCCUGGAUCAAUGCCCAUGUCAACGAGACCGGCAUGUCAGCAGAGAAGGAGCUCGAGUUACUCAAGGCUCAGGUGCAGGAUAUUGCUCGCGUCUGUAAGGCUGUCGCUACUGGCGACCUUACCCAGAAGAUUAUCGUCCCUGUCAAGGGUCAGGCCAUGACCGAACUCAAGGACAUUAUCAACUCUAUGGUCGACCGUCUCAAGACAUUCGCUACAGAAGUCGAGCGUGUCUCGCUCGAAGUCGGCACGGAAGGAAAGCUCGGUGGACAGGCUGUUGUCGAGGGCGUCGAGGGAACAUGGCGAGAGCUUACCAACGUCGUCAACCGUCUCGCCGCGAACCUUACCAACCAGGUGCGCUCCAUUGCCAAGGUCACCAAGGCUGUCGCUCGAGGAGACCUCUCGGAAACUAUUACUGUCGUCGCCAGCGGUGAGAUUGCUGAGCUUGCCACCACCGUCAACGGAAUGGUCAUGUCACUACGAUUGCUAGCCGGAGAAGUAUCUCGAGUAUCACUCGAAGUCGGUUCAAUGGGUAAACUCGGUGGACAAGCCUACGUGCCAGACGUCGAAGGUGUAUGGAAGGAUUUGACCGUCAACACGAUCGAAAUUGAGGCCGAGGGAGAAAUGGCUGUGCUCAAGGACACUGUCAACUCCAUGGUCAAGCAGCUCACGACGUUCGCUGGAGAAGUCACUCGAGUGGCGUUGGAAGUCGGCACUCAGGGUAUUCUUGGCGGACAGGCUAUCGUCGACGGCGUCGAGGGUGUGUGGGCCGACCUCACCACUAAUAAAAUGGCCCGAAACCUCACUGAACAAGUGCGAGAAAUUGCCGAAGUCACCAAAGCUGUCGCUCGUGGUGAUCUCAACAAAACCGUUAAUGCCGAUGUCCAGGGAGAGAUUCUCGACCUCAAGAUCACCGUCAAUGACAUGGUGGCCCAGCUCACGGUCUUUGCCGCAGAGGUCACCCGUGUGUCGCUCGAGGUCGGUACUGAGGGCAAGCUCGGUGGACAGGCGCUGGUUCCCAACGUCGAAGGCACUUGGAAGGUUCUUACCGACAAUGUCAACCUGAUGGCGCUCAAUCUCACGACUCAAGUACGAUCCGUCGCCGAUGUUACAGUGGCCGUCGCUGCCGGUGAUCUUUCCAAGAAGAUCAGCGUCGAGGCCUUCGGCGAGAUUCUUCAGCUCAAGAACACUGUCAAUGCAAUGGUGGACUCGCUUCGCACGUUUGCUGACAGCAGUGUCGCGCGUGAAGUCGGCACGGAGGGUCGUCUUGGUGGUCAAGCGUUCGUCCCUGGUGUCGCCGGUACAUGGAAGGAUCUCACGGAUUGUGUCAACGUCAUGGCUGCCAACCUCACCGUGCAGGUGCGAACGAUUGCCCACGCCACUACUGCCGUCGCUCGGGGAGACCUUACGCAGAAGGUCACUGGUGUCGCGGUUUCCGGUGAAAUUCUCGACCUCGUCAACACUAUCAACAAUAUGAUUGACCAGCUCGCUAUUUUCGCCGCUGAAGUGACCCGCGUAGCCAGGGAAGUCGGUACCGAAGGCAAGCUCGGUGUGCAAGCCGAAGUUGAGAACAUCGAGGGCACCUGGCAGGAGAUCACGUCCAACGUCAACACCAUGGCCUCCAACCUUACCACGCAGGUGCGCGCCUUCGCCCAGAUCUCGGCUGCCGCCACCGACGGUGACUUCACUCGAUUCAUCACAGUCGAGGCGUCUGGUGAGAUGGACUCUCUCAAGACCAAGAUCAACCAGAUGGUCUACAACCUCCGCGAGUCAAUUGAGAAGAACACGAGCGCUCGUCAGCAGGCCGAGUUGGCGAACAGGUCCAAGUCCGAGUUCCUCGCCAACAUGUCACACGAAAUCCGUACGCCCAUGAACGGUAUCAUUGGUAUGACGGUUCUCACGCUCGAGAGCGAGUUGACUCGCCAGCAGCGCGAGAACCUCAUGAUCGUCUCGAGCUUGGCAUCCUCCCUGCUUACGAUCAUCGACGACAUUCUCGAUAUCUCCAAGAUUGAAGCUGGUCGUAUGACCAUGGAGCAGAUUCCGUUCUCGCUCCGCCUGGCCGUGUUUAGUGUGCUCAAGACGCUCUGCGUCAAGGCCUCGCAGAACAAGCUCGACCUCAUCUUUGACAUUGACCCAACGAUUCCCGACCAGCUCAUCGGUGACCCUCUCCGUCUGCGACAGGUCAUCACCAACCUCAUUGGCAACGCCGUCAAGUUCACGACCGAAGGACAAGUGGCUCUUUCGUGCCGUCUGAAGGCCAACAAGGAUGGCGAGGUGGAGCUCGAGUUCUGCGUAGCCGACACUGGUAUCGGAAUCAAGCAGGACAAGCUGGAUGUCAUUUUCGACACGUUCGCGCAGGCUGACGGAUCCACGACCCGAAAGUACGGUGGAACGGGUCUUGGUUUGACCAUCUCGAAGCGACUGGUCAGCCUCAUGAACGGAAACCUCUGGGUCGAGUCUGAGUUUGGCGAGGGUUCGCGCUUCUUCUUCACGAUGCGGACAGAGGCGACGACGUCUACUCGUGAGCAGGUCAUUGAGCGCCUCGCCCCGUGGGCCGGACGAUCAGUCCUGUUCAUUGACACGCUGGGUGACCAGGCUGGUGUCAGCGAGAUGCUGUUGCAGCUCAACCUCAAGCCCACCGUGGUCAGCUCGCCGAACGCUGUCUGGGACCUGAAGCAGAACGUGGAUGGCUUCCCACACUUUGACACGAUGAUCGUCGACUCCUUGGCCGCCGCCGAGAAGAUACGCACGAUCGAGCACCUUCGGUACAUUCCGAUUGUGCUUCUGUCACCGUCGAACCGACCCGCCGGCCCGGAGAACCCGUCAUUCAUCGACCUCGACGAGAGCAGGCGAAAGUUAUUGGCCCUGCCGAGCACGAUGGACCAGGUGCUCAGCCCAGUACCGGUCAAGGACUGCCUCGACAUGGGAAUAAACACGUACUACACGACACCACUGAACCUGCAAGAGCUCAGCAACGCAAUCGUCCCUGCUCUCGAGUCGCACCAGGUUCAGCCCGGCGACAGCGUCAAGGACACGGUCCUCGCGAUUCUCCUUGCCGAGGACAACGUCGUCAACCAGAAGCUUGCUGUCAAGCUCCUCGAGGUGGCUGGCCACAAGAUCGAGGUCGCGGACAAUGGCGAGAUCGCGAUUGAGAAGUACAAGCGGCGUCAGAUGGAGCGCAAGCCGUUCGACGUGAUCCUGAUGGACGUCUCGAUGCCUGUCAUGGGAGGCAUGGAGGCGACCGGAUUGAUCCGCGAGUACGAGGCCGUCAGCGGCGUCGCACCGACACCGAUUAUUGCGCUGACGGCGCACGCGAUGAUUGGCGACAAGGAGCGCUGUCUUGCUGCGGGCAUGACUGCCUACGUCACCAAGCCGCUGCGACGAGGCGACCUGCUCGCGGCGAUCGCCAAGGUUCUGACGGCCAAGCCGCAGCCGGUACCGCAGUACAACCCCAACAAGUCGCAACAGGACGACACGGAGAGGACGCUGAUCCUGGCGAGCAGGUAG